UUGGCAAUUUCAAAUUUUACAAAAUUUCGCGAUGUUGAGAGGGGUGGUUAUUGUGUAUUUUUUUAUUUAACAAAUUAAAACUCAUGCCAGCUAUAAAUUUGUGUCUUAAAAAUCAUUGCAAUGAAAGAAAAAUGGAAUUUUAUUUUAUAUCUCGUUUGGUUCUCCUAUCUUAUCCUCUCCGCGGUUCUCAUGUUCGGCCAGGGUUUCCUCCUAUCUCGUAAAACGUUAAGCGAUGUAUCAGAAUGUGUACCUUUAAAAAGCUUCGGUUGCGAUGGGCAUCAGAACUCCAGCGUGAAGGUUCCAUGCAGCGAUGAUAAUAAAAUUCGCCGGAUACUGUCUAACUCCGGUUCACCUAUAAUAUGCGCUCCCAAGAAGAAUAAAGUGGCGUUAAUUUUGGUGGAUGCUUUGCGAUACGAUUUUACAGAAUAUGAUGAAAGUAAUGCAAGCCCUUUGUAUUAUCAAAAUCGUCUGCCAGUGAUUCGAAAGACUGUUGAUAAGUGGCCGAACCGUGCGCGGGUUUUUCGAUUUAUGGCUGAUCCACCUACAACUACACUCCAGCGCGUAAAGGCUCUAGUUACAGGCUCCUUGCCUACUUUUAUUGAUAUGAGUGCCAAUUUCGCUGCUAUGGAAAUACAAGAAGAUAAUGUGAUUGAUCAAAUUGUAAAACAAGGUAACAAAGCAGUACUAUUGGGAGAUGACACAUGGGCUAGACUGAUGCCUGCAAGAUGGCACCGCUCCCAUGCAUUAUAUUCAUUCCAUACCUGGGACCUUGAUACUGUUGAUAAUGAGGUUGACUCAAAAAUCUAUGAUGAAUUGAAGAAAUCAGACUGGGAUAUACUUGUGGCACACUACUUAGGAGUUGAUCAUGCAGGACAUAGAUAUGGACCGAAUCAUCCUGAGAUGGCUAGAAAAUUAAAAGAAACAAACGCUAGGCUUGAGCGAUUCAUUGAAAUGCUGCCCCCAGAUGUUAUUCUUUAUGUCAUAGGUGACCAUGGCAUGACAGAAACAGACUCACAAGAAUGGAAAAAAUCGGAUGGUGAUCACGGUGGGGAAAGCAAAGCUGAGCGUACAGCAGCUUUGUUCGCAUACUGCUCUACAGGAUUCGCUGGGGAUGAAGCGGACAGGCAGAUUGGUAGGGAAGUGCAACAAACCGAUCUGGCAUCUACACUUAGUGCGGCCUUGGGGAGACCCCCGCCGGCCCCGUCACUAGGGAAUUUACUUCUACCUGUUCUACCAAAUAUGCCCGUAGCUCAUACAUUAUUACAUCUGAGCAACAAUUUGAAACAGGUAACCCAGUAUUUAGUAAGAUAUGGUGAGGAAUCGCAACAGAUCUCGUUGGAUCGACUGGCUCAGUUAAUAAAUGCGACCAGAACGCAGAUUGGCCUAGCAGCUGGUGUUGAAACUGAGGCCGAUCUUCGGAUUUAUAUUUCUGAUGUUAGGAACCUAAUGGAUAAAGUACGUGGAGCGUUUCGGGAAGUCUGGGUCGAAUUUGAUUCUUUAUCUAUGCUUCGGGCUCUUUUAUUGCUCCUUCUAGCAGUAUUCUUCAAUUGGAUCAUAACUGAAGGCAUUCCGGUUGAACGUAUUCCUCAUGUUUUCGCUAGUUCCUUCGUCCCAAGUGGACUUGUAUCUGUCGCAGUUUGUAUUGGCUUAUGUUACACAGCGUACUACCUUGAAAUCUUAGAAAAUGUCGAGCACGCUAUAAUUUUGAGCACAGGGUUAGUGUCUGGAGCCAUUACGUGCGUUUUAGUUGUAAUGCACUGGGAUGGAAUAACUCAGAGAUGGUCUGAAGGGCGUGCGCAGUUCUACGAUCGAUUCGCUAGAACUGCAUUAUUCGCGUCAGCUGUAAUAUUAGUUUCGAAUAGUUACAUUAUAGAAGAAGGUGCAACGUUGUCGUAUUUGACGCUAUCGGUUUUAGGUGUGAUAGUUUGGAAUGUACGGACGGUGAAAUCUUUUCUGCUAUGGGCCGCUUUUGGUGGUGUUAUGGUGUUAACUCGGUCUUAUAGGGGUUGUAGAGAAGAGCAAGGGGAUUGUUGGACGGCUGGGGAAGGUUCUACCACGGGUAAUGCAUCUAGAGCUGCUUUGGUUUUAGCCUUAGGUUCUGUAGCAGCUGUUAUAGCGAUCGCUAGACGUCAUGUUGAAUGGAGAGGUUAUGGAAUAGUUAUAGCUGGUAUCUUCGCAUGUGCUCAUUGGGCUGUAGGCUGGGGAUCUUUAGGGUCUCCGAGUAGAUCCAGAAUGUUGGCCAGAGGAGCUUGGUUGGUUAUAGCAACCAUGUUUGUCCUUCUGUGGAGGAAGGAUGGUAGAGGGGCCACUAUGCCUCUGGUCGUGUCUGGUCUGUUGUUCUAUUUGGCCAAUACAUUGGUAUUGGGUGCGGCAUUUGCUCCAACGGCUGGUCUAGCACUUCUCUCGGGAUUCAUUGCACUGAAUGUCGUUCCGAUAUUGAAGACUGAAGGCUCGACGAAAUUUUCUCUAGCAACGAGAUGCAAUUCAAGCAUGGCUUGUCUUUGGGCGCUAUUGGCCUCGUAUCACUUCUAUGGCACGGGACACCACGCUACCCUGGGUCAUGUGAGAUGGGCCGCAGUCUUCCACGCUGGUGACCCUAAUUACACGUCGUUUGGGACGCCAAUAUCUGUUGUGCUGAUGUUUAUUUAUUUGUUUGGUAUGCCAUUGAUGUUCGGUGCGACGGUCCCUCUGCUAGCGCUCUGGGGCAGUAAAGGAGCGUCUGCCCUCGGCCCGCGGACGCAGUUAGCAGCAGUAUUCUCUAUAUGUCUCAAGUUUGCGUUGUGCUUCGCUAUUAGAGUAUUCGCGUGUGCAUUAUCAGCCACGAUCCACUGCCGUCACCUCAUGAUAUGGGGGGUGUUUACACCGAAGUUGUUGUUCGAAGUGGGAUCGUGUUUCGCAGCGCUCUUAGGGGCUCUUAUAGGAGCCAUUUUGACUAUGUGGCACAUACCCAGCCAAGUCCGAUCCAGUUGACAAAAGUGAUAAUACUAAAUUGUGUACAGACCAUAGAAAAAAAUAUUCGUUCGGAAACCAAUACCGAGCCAAUACGGACUUAGAGUUACCGACAAAAUACAAAUUUUACAGGAGAUAUUUAUUUUUAUUAUAAUUAUACGGUUAAAGUGCUGUUAAAUUGCUAUUUAAUAUAAUCUGUUAAUUUUAUUAUUUCUAUCAGUGUUUUUACCUACA